AUGGCGGACCAAUAUCUCAAGGGCAAGACUGCCAUCGUCACCGGUGCAGGAAAGAUGAGCGGCAUUGGAGCUGCCUCUGCAAUUGCGCUCGCCGAACAUGGUGCCAACGUAUUGAUCCAUUACAACAGCUCGGCCAAGCCAGCAGAGGAAGUUGUCACCAAAAUCAAGAGUUUUGGAGUUCAAUCUGUCGCUGUCCAAGCCGAUGCGUCGAGCGCCGAAUUUGGAAGCACUCUGGUCAACGCUGCUCUGAAGGCAUUCAACACAAAGACCAUUGACAUUAUCGUCAACAAUGCUGGGUUCGCCACACCCAACUUUGAAGGCAUCAAGUCUGUGGGAUUUGACGAGUGGGAUCCUGUGUUCCGCAUUAAUGUGCGAGGCCCAUUCGUCCUCAUCCAGGCAGCGCUGCCGUAUAUGACGACCGGGGGACGCAUCAUCAACAUCGGAAGCAUCAUUUCGCGUCUUGGUUCAUGGAUGCUGCCCGUGUAUUGCGCGUCUAAAGGAGCGUUGACCUCAAUGACAGUGGCAAUUGCAGAAGAGCUCGGUCCUAAGGGUAUCACUGCCAAUGUGGUGUCGCCAGGGCCUAUCGCCACUGAUCUGUCUAUGGAGGGUUCACCCAUUGCAACAAGAUUGAGGAACAACCAGCACAUCAAGAGGGAGGGCACACCAAAAGAGGUUGCCGAGACAGUCUUGUUUAUGGCAAGUCCGGGGGCAUCGUAUAUCAGCGGUCAGGUUAUCCACGUGGACGGAGGGAUUGCUUUCCCAUAA